CCGCCUCUGUACUCUGUUUUUUCUUGAUAAUUGACAAAAGAAGGGUAGAGGAGGAUGGGAGCUGAGGGUUCACUGGAAAAGCUAAACAAAAAGAAGAAAUCAAAAAAGAAUAAAGAGGGUAGAGCUAUCUUCCUCCAAAAAGAAGAGGAGAAGUUGGCUAAGGCAAUGGAAGAAAAGAAGAGGAAGAAGAAGAGAGCUCAUGUACUAACUAGAAGAAGAGAUGAAGUACAUCUCUCAAAUUAUAAAGAUAAUGUGGAUGGAGAAAAAGAGAACAAAUCUGCAAAGAGGAAGAUGAGGAAAGAUGUCAAACUUGAUGAAACUGAAAGUUUGGAAAUUGAUCAAUCUAAUGAAAGAGAAGAUGCACUUGGUCAAGAAAAUAAUGUAUCUGCUGAGAAAAGGAAAUCCAGAAAGAAGAAGAGAAAAUGUGAGAAGAAAGUACGGAGAAAUGAGACUGUUGAUCAUUAUGUUGAGGCUAAUGAUGAUUCAGAUCAGAAAAGUGAGAAGGAUCAUUCCCUCACAAUAACGCAAGACAACUUGGUGGAGAAGAGAGGACAAGCAGGAUAUGAAGAGAUUGAUGAACUAUCUUCUGGCGAUGAGGAUUGCUCAAAAGGAAUGAGAAAGUGGGUACUCGAUUAUUACCAGAGUAGGCCUGGGUUGAAGGUGUUGCAAGAAAGAAUUGAUGAGUUUAUUACUUCUUAUGAGGCGAAAAAGGAACAGGAAAGGAAAGAAAAAGAAGCCCUUGCUGCAGAAGAUGGCUGGACUGUUGUCGUACAUCACAAAGGAAGGAAAAAGACAACUGAUUCUGAAACUGGAAUUGCAGUUGGUUCUGUUUCCCAAGCUGCAGUCAUGGAUAAUAUGGACAAAAAGAAAAAGAAAGAUGUGGGUUUAGAUUUCUACCGGUUUCAAAAAAGAGAAGCAAAGAGAAAUGAGAUCAUGGUGCUGCAGAGCAAAUUCGAGCAGGACAAGAAAAGGAUACAGCAGUUGAGAGCUGCAAGAAAAUUUCGACCUUACUAAACAAAUACUGUAAUUUUUCUGGAAGGGAGUUGUUAUAAGCUAGAAAAGAGAGGGACGGAAGGUUAAGGAAAAAGGGGUUCCAAUGAUAACCACAUAACCAUAACUUGAGAACAUAUUCAUUUAUUAUGGUUUAGUUUCCGAGCGCAUCAAUUAUUUUAUCAGGCAACUCCAUCCAUCAAGAUGUAAGCAAAAAUGCACAUGAAUGUUGUCAUAGAGGCGACUUGGCGAUUAAUAUGAUACAGACUGUAGAUGUCAUCGCAACUAGUUGCCAUAUUUUGAUGGAUAUUGAAAUAUUUAUAGAUUUAUCUACUGAAAGUGUAUGCUAUUUCUUGUUAAUGGUGUUGUUUGCACUAAAAAAAUGGAGAAAAAAAGAAGUUUUGUUUUUUGCUUUAUGGAUAGGUGGACUGCAUGGUGACUUGUAUUGGGAUUGGUUAGAGAUACUGGUAGUCUAGUGGUGGGUCAUUCACUGGAUAAGAGGUGAAAUUUUGAACAGUUGUAUUAAGGGUAUGUUAAAUAUCAGCGAUAGUUGUAAUAUA